AUGGAAGUAUUACUCAAAGAACCAUCUGAACAUUCUCAUGUACCUGAUCCAGAUCGGCUGCACCUCAUUCGACUUAAAAAUGAAAUUAAAAGUCGUGGUGUAUCAUCAGAUGAAGGAGCUAGUACGAUACUAUUUGAUGUAUUACGGACAAUUCCAUUAACUAUAACUACUGAUUUACCUACAAAUGACGCAUUGUUGCAAACGAUUCGAUUUAACGACCAGCAAUGCAACUUGAUCAUAAUGGUCGUUUACCUUUAA